AUGACUGCAAAUGAUGUGAUUGAUAUGCCCGAUGAUUUGUCAGAACUUUGCCGGGUAUGUCUACAAAUUCCGGAGGAAAACCAAUGCCUGGAUCUGUCGAUGAUCUAUGAUGAAGAUGAUAACUUAACAUAUGGCGAAUGUUUUACAAUAUGUACAAAAAUCAAUUUAAAUGAAUGUAAUAAUCUACCACACAAUUUGUGUAAAUCGUGUGGCCUGGAAUUACAGAUGAGCUAUGAUUUCUAUAAGAAAGUCGAAGAGUCUAAACGUUCCUUGGAACAAUAUCAACAAAAAAUGGAAGAAGUUACAAAACAAAUAGAAGAAUUUGAAACAGUGGAAGAAACAUUGGAGAAAAAUACCGAAUUGUCCAUGUCAAAUUAUGUGAUAGCUGCUGAGACAGAUUCUACUAAGGAACCAACAAUUGAAUCAUCUAUUAGUAUGGAAUCACUUCUUCAGACAUAUGAAAAUGGAGAGCUUGAAACAAAAUCAAAGGAUAACCAGGAGAUACACACAAACAUUUUUGUGGAUAACACUGAUGGUGGUCAUCAUGAUUGCCUUGAUCAGCAUGGUAAUAAUGAUGGUAUCACUCGUAAUGAAAUUGUGCAAGCUCUAUCCCCAACAGAUGUUCAAGAGGAACAUUUGGAUUGUGAUGAGUUCAACAUUGUUGAGGCUUUGGAAGAUGAAGAAACCCAACAAUCUAAGUUAUCUACAACCAACGCCAGUCAAAUCGUCUUACAUAUGGAUGAUAAUGGGGAAUAUUUCUUUGAAGCGGAUAAUAUUUCAGAACAACAAGAACAUAAUUCACAAUAUGCCAGCGUAACAAUGGGAAAUAGGGAUUUCGAUGAAUCGUCACAAGAUUCACAAAAUCUUGAAGAUGAUACAAAUCGUUCAUGGCAAGAUAAUGUGGUGGCGGUUGCAAACAAGGAACAUAUACCACUAGAAAUGAAAAAUGAAGCAACUGCAGUCCAUGCAGCCAAUCACAAUAAUGAUGAAUUUGCCUAUGAACUGAUAGAAAAAGAUGAUGGUGAGGAGCAAGGUGGUAAUGAUGAGGCUUGUGUUGAAUUUAUAGAAAUGAUUGAUAACGGCAAAGAUGUUGGUGUCACAUCGAUAUCACGUAAACGCCACUUUGGUGAAUUUGCCUGUGACUAUUGUCACAAAGUGUUUCCCAACUUUUCACGCAUGAUUACCCAUCGACGUUGUCACGAAGAAGAUCGUCCCAAAUUCCCAUGUAAAUAUUGUGGUCGCGUUUAUGCCACCAAACAAGCUAUGGACUGUCAUAUCCAGACAUUUCACAAUAAGACUGGCUUUCAGUGCGAUGUGUGUCAGAAAGUGUUCGCCAUACGACGUAGCCUUGAGGUGCAUAUGCGUUUUCAUACCGGAGAUUUUCCGUACGCCUGCAAUUUAUGUGAUAAGAAAUUUGCCCAGCUGGGUCAUUUAAAUACUCACAAAAAUGUUCGGCAUAAUAAUGUACGAUUUGGUUGCAAUUAUCCAGAUUGUGGGAAAUUUUUCACUUCAUCAUCAUCGCUAAGGAAUCAUGAAUUUUCACAUAGUGCAAUGCCAUUUGAGUGUCUUUAUUGUCAGCGUGGUUAUCCGGCAAAGGCUAAAUUAAAGGUCCAUGUAAAACGGAAACACAACAUUGAAUUGUCCAAAGAACAACUGGAAGAGAUGCGCAAAUUUCAUGUGGCUCGUUCAAAAGUCAAUUUAGUUAAGGUAGUUCCAAUCGAAGAGGGUGAAGAGGAAGAAGAGGAGGUGUAG